AUGGACCCCAUCUCCUCCAUCCUCGUCAUCAUCGCCUCCCUCUUCCUCCCUCCCCUCGGCGUCGCCUUCAUCUCUGGCUGCUCCGUCGACUUCCUCAUCAACAUCGGCCUCACCAUGCUCGGCUACUUCCCCGGUCUUCUGCACGCCCUCUACCUCGAGUACGUCUACUACUCCCGUCGCGAGGACGCCUCGAACGGCGUGGUCAACUACGACCGCGCCCCAGGCGUCUACUCCGAGAUCAUCCAGCGCGGCGGCAUGCCCCGUCUCCGCGUCUCCGACUCUGAGGGCGGCCACAUCAGACUCCCCGACGGCCCCGCCCGCUCAUCCACCCCGGCUCCCACCACCGCUCCCACCACCACCACAACCCACUACCGCGACGCCGCGCCCUCGUCCUCCUCCCCCGCGCCCGCCUCGUCCACUACCCAGCAGCAGACCGGCGUGCUCCCGCACCCGCUCGCCGAGCAGCAGACAAAGUCUGUCGCCGAGCUCAAGGAGGAAGAGGCCAGACGCCACGCGCAGAGCGGCGGCAGCGACAGCGGCAGUGGCGCUGUCUGA